CGUUCAGAAACAACAACAACAACAACAACAAAUAUACAACAGUAACUUACUCUCACUAUUUUGAACGACUUGAAGGCAAUUCGAAUACUCAUUAAGCUUAAGUUAUUUUUCCAAAAUGCAAUCGUCUGUGUUCAUACUAACUGUGAUAUUUGCUAUAAUCACCAGCAAUGCUCCACAAAUCGACGCUCUUCUGCGUCGAUGCUAUCAGUGUCGCUCCCGUGGUGAGCUGGGCAGCUGCAAGGAUCCGUUCACAUUCAAUGCGACAGACGUGGACAACGAGCCUGGUCUCUCGGCUAUACCCUGUGCCAGCGGCUGGUGCGGCAAGGUGAUUGAGGGCGGUGGACCCUAUGCUUUAGAUGACUACGAUCUGGCCAUACAGCGCAUGUGCGUGCAGCGCGGACCGGAUGACAAUAUGGAUCGCUGUGCAGAUACCAUCUACAACUAUAAGAAGGUUUACAUGUGCUUCUGCCAGGGCGACUUGUGCAAUGGCGCCGUUGGCCCUUGGCGUCAGCAUCAUCUGCUGCUGCUUCUGACCCCGGCCUCCAUAGUGCUCAGCAUGAUUAUUAACACAAUGUUUAUGUAA